UUCUUAACAAUAACCAUGUCGCAAAAUCAAGAGUUCAGCGAAACAUUCAAGAAGGGCCUCGAGGUGCGUGGCGAGGUCCUUGGCGAGCAAUACGUCACCAAGGCAGUCGAAUCGCUCCAAAACGAGUACUGGAAGCCAGCCCAAGAGCUCAUCACUGAGUACGCAUGGGGUACGGUCUGGACACGCCCUGGGCUCGACAGGAAGCAGAGGAGCUUGCUGACUUUGGCUUUUCUAACGGCGCAAAAGGCUUAUCCAGAGCUGGCGCUUCACACCAAGGGAGCCCUACGGAACGGUUUGACAGAGGUUGAGAUUAGGGAGGCCAUCUUGCAAUCAAUGAUCUACCUCGGUGUUCCUGUUGGAAUUGAAGCGAUGAGGGUUACCGAAAAGGCAAUCAAGGAGUUCCAGGCAGAGAACGGCGCAGAAGCAAGCCAGGCCCAGAGUUCUUAG